AUGCAAAUUGUUUUAAAAGAAGAAUAUUCUGAUUGUUCUGAAUAUAGCAAGCUGGAGGUUCAACCAUCAUCUAUUGUUAAUAAUAUCACACCAUUUUCUGGAGCGGAAGAUUCUUCUCCAGCUUCUAUUGCUUCAAAUAACGGUGUGGUAAAAAAUAAUAAUCAAAAAUCAACAAAAAUAAGCAAAGAAAUGACAUUGGAAGAAAUUAAACAACGUAGAAGAUCCAUUAAUGCUGAAAGACAAAGAAAUAAACGACGCGAUGAAUCGCCAAAUACAAAAGAAAGAAGGAGAGCUUUAAAUGCCCAAAGGCAAAGAGAACGACGGGCAAAUGAAUCACCAGAAACAAGAAGAAAAAGGCUUGAUGCAAAUGCAGCAUACCAAAGAAAAAGGAGAGCUGAAGAAAGUCCAAAUACACGACAAAGAAGGAAAAGUUUAGAACAAGCAAAACGAAAUUCAAGAAAAUGUAGACCUUCAAUGGAUUCCACUGGAACAAAUACACCUAUAUAUGAGAAUUCAAAUGAAAGUUCUUCUGCCCCAAUAUCAAUUACAUCUACGAGUCCAGUAAGUAUAAAGAAGGAAUUCAAUGAUAUCCUAGAAAAUCAUCAAACAAUGGUGUCAAUAAAUGAUAACAUUUCUCGACAUCAUAAUCAACAAAUAGGACAAAUUCAACAAAUUCCUCAACAGGUAAUGGUAAUUCUACCAAGUGAAAAUAAUAAUCCAUUAAUAAGUCAAGAUGUUUUAUCAACUGCACAAAGUACAAUUAUGCCUUCAAUAACUGAUGGGCAGACUUGUUAUAUUGUAGCAAGCCCAUUACCUCAAAAUAAUUACGUUCAUUCAUCCAUGUUUUUACAACAACAAUCAACUAAUCAAGCAACAAAUUUAACUAAUAUGUCCAAUUUAUAA